AUGUCUGAUGAUCACCGGCACACAUACUUCAGGGAAAAAUGCAUGGAUACCAAAACGAAGGCUGAAACUUUCAUUCAAUUUCGUCCCGCGCUGUCCCCGGAGGAUCCCAAGGCACGCUUUCCGGGCUUUCGACAACGAGUCAACGCGUUUAAGGCCGGUCAGCAAAUUCAAAAGGGCGCAAAGGCUUUGCCAGUUGAUCUUGUGAUGCACGAGAGCCAGUCUAUGGUUUUAUCCGAUGGCACUACACCUUUUUAUGACAUAUUUCUGCCGAGUGGCUUUGAGGACCUAGAAGCACUCGUCAAUGAGAACGAGAAGAUUCCUGCCCUAGUUGCCUGUCGCUCUGGCUGGGAAGUCCAGCAAGAGGAACCUAGCCAAUAA